CGGAUUUAAGCGCACGUCGAUGGUGGCUGCUGCUGUGCAGGCAGCUGGAAUGCGUGAUUGGAAGAAGUUUCUCUGUGUCACGGCGGUGAUGUCUCUGCACAGUGUACAGACGUCGGGUUUUGCGUGAUGUCGACGGCAUUGUGGCCCUUUUUGCCUAUGGCUGCCCUGUUUCCGCUAUAUUCGGUGUUGUUCCUACACGUGCUGAGGCAUAGUCCGCCCUUGGUGCGCCUAAAGUAUGAUGAGGAGUACGACUAUAUCGUUGUUGGUGGGGGCUCUGCCGGUGCAGUGAUGGCCAGCCGCCUAUCGGAGGAUCCUACUGUCACUGUGCUACUCCUAGAAGCCGGAGGACUUCCCAAUUUCUUCCUGGAUGUUCCUUUAUUGGCAGCCGAGAUACAGACCACACCGUACGACUGGGCGUACCGCACAGUGCCACAGGAGGCUUCGUGCUACGGACUCAAGAACAAGCAAAGUCUUUGGCCUCGCGGAAAGAUACUGGGUGGCUCCAGCGUCCUCAACUACAUGCUCUACGUGCGAGGCAACCGAAGGGACUACGACCACUGGGCGCAUGACCUGGGCUGCGAGGGUUGGAGUUGGGAACGCGUUCUGCCAUAUUUCAUAAAGUCUGAAGAUAAUCGGGACGCUUCCAUCGCCUUCAAUGGCUAUCAUGGUCGUGGCGGUUACCUGACUGUGUCAACACCUCCGUACGCCUCCCCGCUGGCGCAUGCGUUUGUCGAAUCCGGCAUGACUCUGGGGUAUCCGAAUAUUGACUACAACGGUCCCCAACAAACAGGCUUCGCCAUACCUCAAGGAACGCUUCGUCAUGGUGCCCGCUGCAGUACCACUAAAGCUUUCCUGGAACCUUGCAGAGGACGUCCUAAUCUGCAUAUCCUCGUCAAAGCACAAGUGACAAGGGUGCUGUUUACCGAAUGGAAGCGUGCGUACGCUGUCCUCUUUCGGUACUGGGGCUUUGAAAGGGCUGUGAGAGCAAGAAGGGAAAUCAUCCUUUCAGCAGGGACAGUGGCCUCUCCGCAGUUGCUCAUGUUGUCGGGGAUUGGACCCAGGUUCCACCUAGAGUCGCUGGGGAUAAAAGUUAUCGAAGACCUUCCUGUCGGAGAGAAUCUUCAUGACCAUAUUGGAGCUGCAGGCAUCAGUUUCCUGAUCAACGACUCUGUUUCGGUAGUACGGAGUCGAGUUAAUCCGAAGAUAAUCCACGAUUAUUUUAUUAAAGGGAAAGGUAUGCUGACGAUUUUGGGAGGAGUCGAAGGUGUAGGGUUCCUAAAGACAAAGUACACAAACGCAUCCGACGAUUGGCCGGACGCCGAGAUUCAUUUUGUCUCCAGCAGUCCCGCGGCGGAUGCGGGUGUCACUAUCCGCCGCGUGAUGGGAAUGACCGAUGAGCUGUUUAAUCAAGUCUACCGGCCGUAUUUGAACCUGGACUCCUUCACCAUGUACCCAGUGUUGUUGAAGCCAAAGUCUCGGGGAUGGGUUAGGCUGAGAUCUAGGGAUCCCGACGCUUAUCCCCUCAUCAACCCAAGAUACCUCACUGACGCCAAUGAUGUUCUUGUCCUAGUCGAAGCAAUGAAGCAGUGCAUCGCUCUGGGUUUGUCGGAACCGUUUCGCAAGUUUGGAGCUCAAAUUUUUCAGACGCAGUUCCCUGGAUGUGAGCUCUACAGCAUGUAUUCGGACGAGUACCUUGCCUGCGCUGCUCGUACCUAUACAGCUACCAUUUAUCAUCCUGUGGGUACUUGCAAGAUGGGUCACUACCAUGACCCUGCUGCAGUUGUGGAUCCUACGCUACGAGUGCGCGGUGUAUCCGGACUACGAGUCGUGGACGCUUCUGUGAUCCCAGAAAUACCGUCAGGAAACACCAACGCGCCAACUAUCAUGCUGGCGGAGAAAGCUGCCGACAUGAUAAGAGGCGUCGAAAUGGUCCCGUGGACAAGUCUCUUCAGGCGGUUUUCAGGCAAAGAUACGCACCACGUACAUCCAAGAUGAUAGCGCUGAAUGUAUUUGCGAAGCAAGUACCGUGCCAAAUGAAAUGCAGCAGUGUGUUAACAAUGAGCCAGGUGUUCGUUGCAGCCUGAUUUCUCCUUUGUUCCUUACGGGGCAAGGAAGUUUAAUUGCAGCUGCGAAAAGACAUUAAACUUGGUAGUGUUUACGACACCGUGCAUGUUCACGUCGGGCGCUCACGAAAGCGUCACAUUGUUCGGUGCACGUACAAUGCACACGUUUUCGGAGGACAAGUCUUCAACGGUGCAGAGCUCAAUCCCCACUUGC